ACUUGUGGACAUCAUAGCAAGGAUCCUUGCAAUGGUACCACCAUGGACACGUGUUUAUAGAGUUCAGCGGGAUAUUCCUAUGCCUUUGGUUACCUCCGGGGUUGAGAAAGGGAAUUUGAGGGAGCUAGCAUUAGCUCAAAUGGAAGACUUGGGAUUGAAAUGUCGUGAUGUUCGGACCAGGGAAGCUGGAAUCCAGGAUAUUCACCACCAAAUUAGGCCAGAGGAGGUGGAGCUUGUUCGGCGUGAUUAUAUGGCAAAUGAGGGUUGGGAAACAUUUCUAUCAUAUGAAGAUACACAACAAGUAGUUUGA